AUGACCUUUCCCGAUGACUCCGUGCUCGAGCAUAGCAAGCUGCUGGAGAUGACCUCGGAGGCGGUGGAGCGGGUGGUGGUGGUGCACAGCAUGCCGCGUCAGCUGGAGGUGAUGGCAAGUUUAGACGGGGAGGUAAGCCCUGCGAUGUCGGUGUUCGUGACCUCGGAGGCCGCCAAAGAGGUUUUGAAGGUGCGCGGUUUACUCUAUCAAGGGCUCUUCACACCGAUUAUCGUCGAGUUGCUUUGCCGGGAUGAGGGGAAGAUGCUCUGCCCGGAGGAUUUGGUGAACUACGCGAUUACCACGAUGUCGAGGGUGACGAUUGAGUUCGGCUCUUUUCUUGACAGUGAUGCGGCUAGUAUGGGCUACUUUGUUCCUUUUGAUACCUAA